CUGGGCUGGGUCAACCUAAAGAUAAACAUUACAUUUUGUGCACACUUCCGGAAUAAAAUGGCUGCAAGAAGGUUUUACGAUCUGACUGCGAAGUUACUGACUGGCGAAACUUUGCGUUUCUCUUCGCUGAAAGGGAAAGUGGUCCUCGUUGAGAAUGUGGCGUCUCUCUGAGGAACAACAACCAGGGAUUACACCCAGAUGAACGACCUUCACUCCCGCUACUCUUCCAAAGGCCUCGUUGUUCUGGGUGUACCCUGCAAUCAGUUUGGACAUCAGGAAAACUGCAAAAAUGAGGAGAUUUUGAGGUCCCUGCAGUACAUCCGUCCAGGGAAUGGCUUCCAACCAAAGUUCCCGCUUCUGGAGAAAGUGGAUGUGAAUGGAAAAGAUGCUCAUCCGUUGUUUGUCUAUCUGAAAGAAAAGCUCCCGUUCCCCUGUGAUGAUUCCAUGGCUUUCAUGACAGAUCCCAAGCUCAUCAUUUGGAGCCCUGUCCGUCGGAGUGAUGUCUCCUGGAACUUUGAAAAGUUCCUAGUGAGUCCGGGUGGGCUGCCCUACAAGCGAUACAGCAGGAAUUUCCACACUAUUGACAUAGAAGCUGAUAUUAAGGAGCUUCUUAAGCAAGUCGAGUGAAAUGAAUGAUGGAUGAUAUUUGCUUUACACUGUGACUGUUCAGCCAUUUUACUCAAUGAUGAUACUCCUUGAAAUAUUGGAUGGGGAGUUUCUGAUGUCAAUGUAAAAGACUGAUUCAGACACAGCGUGGCCUGAUAUCGCCAAGUUAUUUGACGACAAAAAUAAACAUUUCAUUUGAAA